AAAGAGGCUUUACUGCUAUGCCAAAUAUCGUUUUUAGGGUUUCUUCAUAAUUGAUUUAUUAGCGUUAAUUGCAUGCUUCUGUUGCUCUCCAUUCCAUUCUUCUCCCUCCUUAUCCCUUUCUUGAAUUCUUACCGUGAAAACCCUAACUUCGGUCGCAAUCCAGCAAGAAUUAUCUUGGUGUGACCUUUUGGCGAAGUUUGGUUAAUAAAGAAGAAAACGGGGGAACUAAGUUGUGAUGGGUGCACCGGAGAAGUUGGCUACUUCCAACAACAAUUCGAUGCAGCGUGUCAAGGUAUAUCGACUCAAUGACGAUGGAAAAUGGGAUGAUCAAGGGACUGGUCAUGUCACUGUUGACUAUUUGGAGAGGUCGUCUGAAGAGUUGAGCUUGUUCGUCAUUGAUGAAGAAGACAAUGAAACACUGCUUGUGCACCGUAUUAGCUCCGACGAUAUAUAUCGGAAGCAAGAAGAUACAAUAAUUUCAUGGAGGGAUUCAGAGUAUUCAAGUGACCUAGCUCUUAGCUUUCAAGAGACUACAGGGUGUUCGUACAUAUGGGACCAUAUUUGCAAUAUCCAGCGCAAUCUGCAUUUUGAUACUCUUCGCAAUGAGACAUCAUAUCAUGGGGCUAACAAUGAGUUGAGGGAGUUGCCGGCAGUAGAGCUAUCAACACUUCCUUCAAUACUUAAGGUUGUGGUUGACAGUAGUGUUACGGAUCAGUUGUGUGUAACAGAGCUCAUACUCCAUGAUCAAAUCUUUUUCCGGAAGUUGAUGGAUUUGUUUAGAGCAUGCGAAGAUUUGGAAAACAAGGAUGGCCUUCAUAUGAUAUACAAAAUUGUCAAAGGGAUCAUUCUACUCAACAGUCCUCAGAUCUUUGAGAAAAUAUUUGGUGAUGAAUUAAUUAUGGAUGUUAUUGGAUGUCUCGAAUUUUACGGAGUUUGUGCGCAGCACACAGCUUUACCAGACUGCUGGACCAACAUCAGUUAUGACUUGGAGACACCUCACAUCCAUCAUCGCAACUUCCUUAAAGAACAUGUUGUCUUCAAGGAGGCCAUACCAAUUAAGGAUCCCCUAGCCUUGUCAAAGAUACAUCAGACGUACAGAAUCGGUUAUCUGAAGGAUGUUGUAUUACCUAGGGUAUUGGAUGAGGCUACAAUUGCAAGCCUUAAUUCUAUGAUUCACUCAAAUAAUGGAAUGGUUGUCACUUUAUUAAAAGAUGAUAGCACCUUUAUUAAGGAGUUGUUUGCAAGAUUAAAAUCCCCUAACACGUCUCCUGAUUCCAAGAGAAAUUUGGUAUUUUUUUUGCAAGAGUUUUGUAGCCUAAGCAAGAGCUUGCAGAUGGUCCAGCAACUCCGGCUAUUCAGAGAUCUAGUGAAUGAAGGCAUAUAUGGUGUGAUUACAGAUAUUUUGCAGAGUGAAGAUAAGAAGCUUGUUCUGACUGGGACAGACAUCCUCAUUUUUUCCGUGAACCAGGAUCAAACCAUGUUGCGUUCUUAUGUUAAUCGGCAGGAAGGUGGUGCAUUACUUGGACUUCUGGUGAAAGGGAUGCUUACAGAUUUUGGGGAUGAUAUGCAUUGCCAGUUCCUCGAAAUAAUUCGAAGUCUCCUGGAUUCUUUUUCUUCUGGAGGACAGAGAGAUGCCAUUGUUGAAAUUUUCUAUGAGAGGCACUUGGAUCAACUAAUCAAUGUUAUAAUGUCAUCAUGCCCUCCAAAUGAUGCUGCCAUGGCUGGUCAUACAUCCAAGAAUUCGAAUGGAAAUCAUGGGAUUCAAACCAAUACAAAGCCUGAAAUACUUCUGAACAUAUGUGAUCUCCUAUGCUUCUGCGUUCUGCACCAUCCUUAUAGAAUAAAGUGCAACUUCUUGCUUAAUGGUGUAGUAGAUAAAGUUCUAUAUCUAACUCGAAGAAAGGAAAAGUAUCUUGUAGUUGCAGCUGUUCGUUUCGUUCGAACUCUAAUCUCACAUAACGAUGAACAUCUUAUGAGUUAUAUUGGAAAGAACAACGUAUUUAGACCCAUUAUUGAUGCUUUUAUCCGUAAUGGAAGUCGCUAUAAUUUGUUGAACUCUGCCAUUUUGGAGCUCUUUGAGCAUAUCCGCAAGGACAAUUUGAAGAUACUGCUGAAGUAUUUGGUUGAAACCUUUUGGGAUCAGUUGGUCAAAUUUGACAGUUUGCCUUCCAUUCAAUCUCUCAAAGUUAGAUAUGAUCAGGCCCAGGAGCAUGCAUCAAACCGAAAUGACCCGGGUCCCCUCGACACCAGAAGACGUGUAGACGAGCGUGCUUUGGAGAAGGAAGAGGAGGAUUAUUUCAACGGGGAUAGUAGUGAUGAAGAAGAUUCCACAUCUGCAUUGAGGCCUCGUUCGACAAGGAUACGUCCACAACCCGGUUUAUCCAAUGGAUCUGAUGCAAGCUGCCCAUCAACAAGGGCUGGUGGCUUAGUUGAUUAUGAAGAUGAUGAGGAUGACGAAGACUACAAACCACCACCAAGGAAACAGUCGGAAAAACCUGAAGAUGAUGAAGGAACUUUAGAACUUAGAUUGAAAAGAAAACUUUUGGGUGCAAAGGAAGAACCUGAUCUGGUAAAGAAGCGUCGGUUAGGAGGGAAAAGCCCCAAGUCAAAAGAAAUUGUAUUGGCCACAUUAUGUUCAACUCUAAGCCAGGCAGUAUUACCUGCAAAAUCAGUGGCUGGAACAAAUGACACGAAUGAAAUCCGUCUUGAAGAGAAAGGAUCUGCAAGCCAAUCUGAGAAUAGUAAUGUGGAAAACGGACCAGAAAAAGGAGUCACAGGCCAAUAGACAGCCAUUUGGAUAGUUUUGCAUACUUAUCCGCAUAGGAAACAGCUACCCAGGUAUACCAAAUGGUUCUUGAUUCUCGAGUUAUAAUAUGCAUGCGGGCAUGUGUAAAUCUGUCCCGUGUGGUAGCUGACAACUUUCUUCAACAAAGAGAUGAAUUGCAGAAAAAUGAGAACAAUUCCUAACGAGAUUCUUGAAAGCAUGAAUCCAUCUUCCCCGGGUCAGUUACUUAUUCUUGAUGCUUUCAGCCCAUGUACAAACAAACCCUCUGUUAAUGUUGAACUUCUUACCUCCAAAUUUUGCGUAGCUUUUAUCAACUAUCCUUUUUUCGUUGCAAUGGGUUCCKUUUUAGCAAUGUGAAUUGUUAUUGGGCAUGUUUAGUUAUUACCCAUUUGGUUUGCAACUUGUUUUGUGGUGGGUUUGUGUGUAAAAAGGUGGAAAGGUUAUGAAUAUAGGUAAAAAGAUGACACAGGGUCGCCCGUUUGGAAGAUGUAGUUUAAGAAAGGUGUAGUAUAUGUUGUACAUUGCGGUUUCGAAAGGAAAGUGAAAGAAAUAUGAGUUAGAUAUGAUUCAUAAA